GGGGGGAGGUGCAGCAUGGCGGCGGUGUGUGGGGCCGCGGCGGCGGCCGCAGCUGCCUCUGUGCCGGCACCUGCGUCAGCGUCGUUACUGGCCUUGGAACCGCGGCUGCAGCGCCAGUUCCAGCAAAAGGUGCAGCAGGCCUGCAAGAAGCGAGGGGCCAAGGAGACGCUGACGCCGGGCGUGGUGUAUGUGGGACACCUUCCGCGGGGGCUCUGCGAGCCGCAGCUCCACGAGUACUUCGAGCAGUUCGGGACGGUGACGCGGCUCCGGCUCUCGAGGAGUAAGAAGACAGGAGCUAGCAAAGGCUAUGGAUUUAUAGAGUUUGAGUCUGAUGAUGUGGCUAAGAUUGUUGCAGACACAAUGAACAACUACCUGUUUUCGGAAAGACUGCUAAAGUGUCAGUUCAUGCCUCCUGAAAGAGUCCAUGAAAACCUCUUCAAAAACUGUAACAAAAGGUUUCUGAAGCCCUCUCAGCCAGCAGUCAGGCGGUACAAUAAGAUUCGUUCACUGGUGCAGAAGGCAAAGAUGACAAAGCGACUGCUACGAAAGGAGAGGCUUCUACGGAAGAGGCUGGCUGAAAAGGGAUUCGAUUAUGACUUCCCAGGUUUUGCGGCACAGGAGCGUUCCAUAAAGAGAAGUAAAAUUAAACCAUCCAAGAAGCCAAAACUGAACGUUUCUUUGAGCAGCCAGGAUCCUACUCCAGUCUGUACUCCAACAGUGCUCGAGCGCCGGAAAGCUGCUCAGGUGGAUGAUGACAAAGAGGACAAUGAAAUAACUCUUAAACUGCCCCCUGCCCGUGUUAAGAAUGCUGUGCAGAAACAAAAGAAGCUUCCAAGAAAAAGACCAAACCUGAAGAAACAGACAUAAAAUUUUGAUGACUGUAGCCAUGUGUUUUCCUCAGCUCAAAAAAUGGCAAGGUGGAGCUUCCUGUGGUUCUGCUGCCCUGGCUUGGUCUGCCUUGACUACUCUUUCAGCCUGUCCUAGGCGAGGAAUCUGUUUGCAGUCCCCUCCUAACCCCACCCUAGGCACCUACAGCCUUCUCUGCCUUUGAAGAUAUUCUUGACUUUGUGCUCACAGGUGCCCAUGCUGUGACACACCUAGAGCCAUGCCACAGCCUUAAUUCUGUAACUUGUCUCUAGCACUCGCUAUUUUGAAAGGAAAUGUGAGGCUGUCCAUUCAGUACUUGCUGAUCCAGGUUGUGUCUUACAUUUAUAAUUAAUGGCAGGUUAUAAAAAAAAUACAUUUUACAGCUGUA